AUGGAGAAGAAUCCACAGUAUCUGCCUCAAGAAUUGAUCAUCCUAAUUUUGUUGAGGUUACCGGUCAUGUCUCUUCUACGUUUCAAGUGUGUUUGUAAGUUAUUGUUUUCUCUUAUCUCUCAAACCCACUUUGCAAUUUCACAUUUUGAAAUUACUGCCGCACACAAUCCUAGAAUUUUGUUCAUGUCAAAUCCAGACCUUGAAACUCGAUUGAUCGAUUUUGAAACAUCACUUAGCGAUUAUUAUACUUCUACUUCGCUGAACCUUAAUUUUAUGCGUCCACGUUCUGAUCCUCGUCGUCGUCCCCUAUAUUGUAAUUUUAUUGAAACUAAAUGUUCAUGUAGAGGGUUUAUAUUUUUGCACCAUGAUUCAAACAUCUACCUAUGGAAUCCAUCCACUAGAGUUCACAAACAAAUACCUUUGUCUCCUAAUAGUUCAUAUUUAGGUGUCAAUUAUAUAUGUUAUCUAUAUGGUUUUGGGUAUGACCCAUCAACAGAUGAUUAUUUGGUGGUGGUAGUUUCAUGUGACACAGACUUCCAUAAUUUUUCAUCACAGUUAGAGUUUUUCUCGUUGAGAGAUAAUAGGUGGAAAGAAAUUGAGGGUACUCCCUUCCCUUACAUGAAUACCUCUGAUUAUUCCAUGGUAGGGUCGGUUUUUAAUGGGGCUAUUCAUUGGUUGGCUUUUCGUCAUGAUUUAUCAAUGAAAGUUAUCAUUGCCUUUGAUUUGAUAGAAAGAAAACUUUUCGACAUGUCUUUGCCGGAUGAUAUGGAACAUGAACCUAUAUAUUGUGAUUUGUGGGUAUUCGGUGAAUUUUUGAGUGUAUGGACUAUGGAUAGUGAUAUAGUUGAAAUAUGGGUUAUGAAAGAAUACAAAGUACAUUCGUCUUGGACUAAGACUCUUACUUUCUCUAUUGAUGACAUUCCCACUCGUUAUUUCUCUCCAAUAUGUUGUACAAAAAGUGGUGAUAUUAUUGGAACAGAUGGUACAGCUGGAUUGGUGAGGUAUGAUGAAAAUGGACAGUUUUUAGAGUAUUCCUCCUAUUGUAUAGAGGAUUGUGGAUCUCGAGUGGCUGUGUAUACAGAGUCUUUGCUUUCACUCCCUGAUGACAACGACCAAGAUUAA